AACCCGGAAAUCGGCACAAACAACAGCUGGAGCCUUGGCUUUUCUUGAUACCUCGCUACAGAUUUAUCGACAAGUGAACAGCAUGGCCACAGACUGGUUGGGCAGCAUCGUGUCUAUAAACUGUGGGCUGACACUAGGAGUUUAUCAGGGAGAGGUGUCAUCUGUUGAUCAUGCCAGCCAGACCAUCUCACUGAGACAGCCCUAUCACAAUGGGAUCAGAUGUCCUCUUCCAGAGGUCACUUUCAGCGCCAUGGAUAUCAAGGAGUUGAAGUUCCUGGAUAUCCAGAGUUCAGUCAACAAGCCCAGCUCUGGUCAGGGAGCUGCACCAGAACCCAGCCUCAUACCUUCAGGACGCCAGGGUCAGAGUAACAGAGUCACUCACCCUACUGUAACAAGCAGCAGCUCUCAUUCCAGCACUGCUCCGAUCACCAUCCUACGCAGAGCCCCCACAGGUUCAUCUAACAGCAGAGGGGCGACACAGGCCACACAAAAGAAAAGCGUGAGGAAUGGAGGUGCUGGUGGGCCGAUGAGAACAAAGGAUAACGAGUGCUUUGGAGGCGGGACUGACGAGAACAUAGACACAGACUUCGACUUUGAGGGAAACCUGGCUCUGUUCGACAAAGCUGCUGUCUUUUCCCAGAUCGAUGGGACCGACAGCCACGGCAACAGGGCGCAUCAUCAGAGCACACAGGGGCAACAGAAGCCCCUGUCCUAUCGCCAUGAUGAGAAUAUUUUGGAAGUGAAGCCCAUCAUAUACCGCCAGAUAACAGUGCCUCAGCACGGGGGCAAAGAGUACUGUACCGAUUCUGGCCUGGUGGUUCCCAGUGUGCCCUAUGACCUUUAUAAGCGUCUACUAGCAGCUGCAGAGCGCUGGGGCCUGUCUCUCGAGCGCAGGCUGGAGAUGAUCGGUGUUUGUUCCAGUCAGAUGGCUCUCACUCUGCUUGGCGGACCAAACAGACUCACCCCAAAAAAUGUCCACCAGAGGCCCACUGUGGUUAUUCUGUGUGGUCCGCACAUCCAGGGAGCCCAGGGCAUCAGCUGUGGGAGACACUUGGCCAACCACGAAGUGGAGGUCAUCCUGUUCCUGCCCAAUUUUGUCAAGAUGCAGGAGUCGGUGACUAGUGAGGUCCAGCUCUACAGCAGGACCAGCAGCAAGCAGGUGGCCAGCGUCAAAGACCUGCCUGUGAGUCCAGUCGACCUCGUCAUCAACUGCCUGGAUUGCCAUGAGAACCCACUGCUGAGGGAGCAGAACUGGUACCAAUCAGCCGCCGACUGGGCCAACAAGAACCGGGCUCCGGUCCUGAGUAUUGAUCCUGCGGUCAGCAGUCAGCAUCAGACUGUGGAGGCGAAGUGGACCCUCUCCUUGGGCCUUCCUCUACCUUUGGCUGAGACGGAAAGCAGGGUUUACCUCUGUGACAUUGGCAUCCCUAAACUGAUUUUCCAGGAAGUUGGAAUCAGCUACCACUCACCCUUUGGAUGCAAAUUUGUCAUUCCUCUGCACACGGCGUAACAGAGUGGCCACUGACAUUGCACAUACUUACCAAUGGACAAUAGGAGGGAGUGGUCUGCUUUUCCACAGUGGGUAGAGGUAGCAUUGCACUACACGAUGCAAACAAUAUUGUUACAAAGUGUAUACAGCUUCAUGACACAUCUGAAAGCAUACGGUGCUGGUCUUUCCUCUUACCCUGCCUGAAACUCCCUGGGGUUGCUGCGUGUUGCGUGCGACACCUCUUGUUAUUGAGAGGGAAAGGUUUCCUGUUCUUUGGUGUGUUUUGAUAAGGGCUCUGUGACGAUGUGAAUAUGUUUACAAAAUGCUGACCACUGUGAGUCUAUCUGUGACCUCUGAUCCUGUGACCAGUCAGAGCAGCAGAGACACAGUUCCUGUUUCCUCCUUUAGAUUGCCUGUGGAGUCUGGUCCUGACCCAGUGAACCUUACGCACAGCUCAGCUUAAAGCUGUCUGCCAACCCGAAACUGCCGUUCGUCUUGCCCUCAGCUGAUGUCCUUUGUCUUUUCUAAUUUAAUUUAAUGCAGUUUUGUACUCAAAUGGGUGUUGUUGUUUUUUUCUAGUCAUAGUUGCUGCAUGUUUCACUGAAAAAGGGGAUAUUACCCAGAAUCUAUAUUUGUAUUAUUUGUAUUUAUUUUUGCAUACAGCUCAGGAACAAUGAAUGAAAAAUUGAAAAACUUGCAUUUACAUCAAAAGCUGACAUUAUUACUGUUGGCUGUCUUGGGUUUAUAACUACUGACACUAAAAAUGAAAACCCAGUCUGAAGUCUUGCAGAUUUGACAGGAUUUUGAAGCACACAUACCAAGGACCAAAAACAUCUUGGACCAGGUUAAACUUCAGGGAUAAUUCCUAGUUAGGUGUUGUGAAACCUAAUUAUUAAACAGUUUCCAUAUUUGACACGAGAUUCAACAACCUUUAAUGAAAUGACCACUCACUCUAUUUUGAUCAGUACAGUGAAUUUCUAUUAAAACCUCAAUUUUUUAAAUCAAGGGAAAACAGCCUUAUUUUGAGACUGGCAGCUAUGCACUUUUGAUAUGAUGCUGGUAGCUUUCAUAAGAGCACUGAAGUCCUUGUGUCAGGAAUUUGUUCAAUUUAAAACCUCAGAGUCAAAAGACUGUAAUCAUAAGUUAUAAAUGACAGAUUGAUGGACUUUGCAGAGUUCUCACUAACUUACUGUUACUCUUUGGAUUCGAUGCACCUCAUCAGCAGUCUCUGAACUGAAUGUCUGAUGGAGAGGUGAUAAAGGCUGUUCUGACAAAAAUAGUUAGAAAAGACUCAAGGAAUGUGUGAUGACCAAGAGACUUGUUCAAUUCAUAGCUCCUCAAGGAAUCUGAGUAUUGUACUUUUUAAAUCUUCUCAGAGCUUUGUCCAAACCAGAAAUUGCCUGAUUCAGGUGUGCAAAACUGUAAGAGAGGGGGCAGAGUAGAUGGAGCUUAAUCUGUUGGUACAACUACAAAGUUUCAGGAGAUCUGACAAUAAAUUGACUUCCACUUGUGGAAACACAGGCUGUUUAAGACAUUGCAGCCUCUUUUCCUGACCUUUCUCAGAUCCACUUUCGUUUUCUUCUCUGCUGCAGUAAAGACAAAAUUAAACACUAAAGAUGUGAUCAUGACUGCAAUCAGGUUAAUUACUGUGAGAGGGAAAAAAAGGAAAACAUUGUGAUACAAAAUGAGGUGAACUUAGUGCCGAUGGGUUUAUGUCUCAUGUUUUUCAGGAGUGUGGAAAAUAUUUUGCACCUUAGGUGUUUGCUAAUUAAUUGACACCCUGCUUGGUUAUUAUAAGUAAGUAAGCCUAGAGACUGUCUAUGGAGAACAUGAAUUAAAAACAUGCUGAAAUGUAUCUCUAGGUAUACAUGUGAAGCACCAGACAAAACAUUUGAAACUGUUCAAAAUAUCUCGUAGAUAAACAUCCAGCCAGGAUCUUCUGACUAGAUGCAGAUGCCGACAGUGGGUGCUCAUCUAUAUGGAAAUAAAAUGAUAAUAAUAAAGACAAAUGUGCAAACUGUAUAGCGAGAUCUAAGUUAUUGAGACAAUACAACACCUCAAUUACUCCACUUAAGUGCAAUUUAGAGCCACUCAUUAUCCAUGAGUAUUUCCAUUUAUGCGCCUACAUACUUCUAAUCCACUAAAUUUAAAGGGGAAAUACUGCACUUUUUACUCUGUUGUAUCUUUUUGACUGCCAUAGUGACUAGUUACGACUUUGGAUUUGAAGAUUUAAAAUACACAUACUAUAUAAUCAGUUUUAUACAAUAUGAUGUGUUGUUAUGGAUUCAACUACCCAGUGAUGGAGACAGAAUUAGCUCCAUCUUGACCAGCUGCAACAUUCAAAUGCUAAUUACACAUGAAUGCAUCAGUGAUAUUUAUGCAAUGAUACAACAGUCUGAAAGGGGCCAUUCUGUUGACUGAGCCACUCUGCAUCAUUUCAUAGUACUAUUAUAAGCCACUUCUAGUGGAGUCUAUUUCUGACAGUGAUCAUUUCUACUUAAGCAACUCUAAACACUUCUAUCAAUGCAAUAAAGAUAUUCAACACAUUGUAAUGGGCCUUUUUACAGCAUUUUUUAAAUUUUUAUUUUCAUUGCUGGAAAAGCACAGGUAAUAGUAAUAGCAUUAAGAGUGGCUCUGCUCUAGUCUCAGUAAACCAUGACAGUGUGACGAUAAGCCAGGAAGCAAAAAAAAAAAAACAAACAUGAUCCUGAAAAUGAAGCAGCUAAAUGGAAUUCAGCCACCACUAUGACCAAUACAUAGUCUGCAUGGGACCCUACACAGACAAACUAGACAUGUUUAAGUAAGUAGCCUAUAAUACUAUUUGCAGUUAUUCAAACAACCACAAACUAAGAGGCAAACAGUUAAUAUAGAGACCACAGGUGACCUAUCUAGGU